UUUUAACUCAGGAUAAAAAUGAAAUUAUUAAUUUAUAUUUUGGCGAGUAAUCUAGGUAAAGUUGGUAAAUUAUAACCGGAAGCACCUUCGACUUCCGUAAACGCUUUGCCUUCGAAAAAUGUUGUUCUAUUCAUUUUUCAAGUCCCUUGUGGGGAAAGAAGUUGUGGUUGAGCUAAAAAAUGAUCUUUGUAUUUGUGGGACUUUGCACUCAGUGGAUCAGUUUUUGAACAUCAAACUUACAGAUAUCAGUGUUACAGACCCCGAGAAGUAUCCUCAUAUGUUGUCUGUGAAAACUUGCUUUAUUAGAGGAUCUGUUGUUAGAUACGUCCAAUUACCAGCCGAUGAAUGUGACACUCAGCUAUUACAAGAUGCAACUAGAAAAGAAGCAGCCCAAAAUAAACAAAGAUAGAGGUUUCAAAAUGUAUAGUUUAAAUGCUGUAAAAGUUCAAUUGACUGUUUGUCUGCACUGUGUGAAAUUCAGAGAAAUAGCUGUGAAUGCUGGUUUAAAUGAUGCUUUUUAGAAAGAAGGAGAAUGAAAGUAGUUGUUAUUUCUGUGAUGAAUUAAUUUGUGUAUACUGAUUGAACGCGUCUAGAUUGUCUGUUUUUUUUAACUGCCCCUUUUAUAUAAAAUAAAGCUUGGAAGCAACCGAUUCCCGAGAAUGUUGUUUUAAAAAUUUGUUACUGAUGUCAGUUUUUUUUUGUUGAUCUUAAUAAUAGUCAAGGGGCAGUAACAAAGUAAAUUACGACGUGGCCGUUUUUUAUUUCUUUGUCCUCUUAGACUUGUGCCAGACUUGAUAGUUUUCACUUUAUUUCUUGUAAAAUUUAGUUUGUUCAUUUACUAUAUUAUUUUUUUGUCAAAUAGGGUCUAUGUUUCUUUGUAUAAAUGAGUACAUCAAAUCAAAUGUUUUUAUUAUUCAACCUGCAUCAACCAUUUAAAAUAGGUCAUUUUAAAUCCACAGUUUAAUGUCAUGUUAACUGGUGGCUGCUGAGUUCAUAGUUUUAUUUUCUUUGCUUUGGAUGAACAUUUUCACUGAAAUGUUGUAUUAAACUAAACAUGCUUUUACAC